AUAUCUGAGAUCCCCUUCCAUCUGAUCCUCCUCCUGUAUGAAACCUGUACAGCUAACAAAGGACAAUGUGUUAUUAAUCAAUAAAGGGAAUGUUCAGAUUUAUAGAAAAUAUGAUUUCUAACCCUGACUGACUCCUAAUCUGCUGUAUAAACACACAAUUGGGCCUUUCUUCAUUCUUUGUGUUGCGUUUAAGGUGUGCGUGCGUGCGCGCGUGCGUUCAGGGGCGUGGAGGUGGAGGGGAGUGUUGCAUCCUCUCACGUGACCAGCCUCGUCUGUCCUCUCCCUCAGUCCGGAUCUCUUUGUUGUGGUUGCAGCUGCUGCUCUCUUUACGCACCGCGCCUCCGCUCCGCCGGACCCUCGAACCGCUUCGUUACCGCGCGGAAAGCAGCACAGCCGGAGCGCCGCGGCCGUCGGUGGGAGCGGCAGUCGGGACGUGGAGGGUCACUACAUCCGCCACAUAUCAGCUGUAUCUGAGAAAUCUGCCUGAAUAGACGCGGGGGCUUCGGUGCGGAGGGAGGACGGAUGGCGAGAAUGCUGCUUCCUCUCUGGAGCAACCGGACCGCCUCCGAGGCUUCCUGAACGUGAGGAGCUCUCCGCAGAUUCCUCCAUCUUCACACACAGCCUGCGCUCCCUCCUCUCCAGCCGCCGGAGCUCUGCUGUCAGCGGGGCGCAGCGUGAGGCAGCCGGGCGCUUUGCUUUCGCUUCACCGGGAUACAUUGUUCGUUUCCACCUGAACCGAGUGGCUUUCUCAGCCGGUGUCUGGAGGUUGGAUCAUCCCCAUCAUCAUCAUGGUGGUGUCAGGCCCCGGGAGCUGUCCCGGCGGGGUCGUCCGGUACCUGCUGUCCGCCUGCCUGCUGUCCCUGCUGCUCUACCUGCCCGAGGCUCGGGCGUCUUACUACCCUCAGAGCGGAGAGUGCAAAGGCAAAGGGAAGGACUGCACAGAUCUGUCAGAGAAGAAGAGCGACCUGAGGGUUUGUGAUGACUCCACCUGUCGAUUCGGAGGCGUCUGCCGAGACGACGGCGCUCAGCUCAAAUGUGUCUGCCAGUUCCAGUGCCACAAACACUACGUCCCUGUGUGCGGCUCAAACGGAGACACCUACCAGAACGAGUGCUACAGGCGACAGGCGUCCUGCAAACAGCAGAGGCUCAUCUCCCGGGUGUCCGACGGGCCCUGCUCCGCCGAUCCUGGAUCUGGCUCGGGAGACGGAGACGACGAUGAAGGUUCGGGUUCUGACGCUGGGAAGAAGUUCACCAAAUGCAGCACGUGUAAAUAUGGAGCCGAGUGUGAUGAAGACUCAGAGGACGUCUGGUGCAUCUGUAACAUCGACUGCAGCGGUCACAAUGAAAACCCGGUGUGUGCCACCGACGGGAACUCCUACAACAACCCCUGUCUGGUCCGAGAGGCGUCGUGUAUGAAGCAGGAGCAGAUCGACGUUAAACAUCUGGGCCGGUGCACCGCUGAUAAAGAGAAACUGGGGAAGAAAGACGACAGCAGUCCUUUCAAAGUAAACGUCUUGGAAACCAAAGGUCUGGACCACGGUGACGGUUUCUACGCCGGGAUGCCGAUCCCUUGCGCUGACAGCUACGCCGGCUUCUGUGUUCACGGGAAAUGUGAGAUCAAAUACAACAUGGCCACCUGCAGGUGUGAUGCUGGCUAUAAAGGUCCUCAGUGUGACGAGCCUCAGGACUUCAACAUCCUCUACGUGGUUCCCAGUGGACAGAAGCUCCACUACGUCCUCAUCGCCGCCAUCAUCGGCGCCGUGCAGAUUGCCAUCAUCGUCGCUGUUGUGAUGUGCAUCACAAGGAAAUGUCCGAAAAACAACAGAGGUCGCCGACAAAAACAAAACCUGGGACACUUUUCCUCGGACACUAACUCCCGGAUGGUAUAGCUGUGUUCCUCUGGGCUCUUUUUGAUAAGUUUUUUCUUACACCGUGGGAAUACCAUUUUUUAACGGUAGAUGUGUGGUAUUAAUUUUUUUCUCCUGGGAAAUCAUUAAAAAGAAGAACGACAAUAUUUAUUUAAGGGGCCUUAUUUUCCCUCCUUUUUUGCUUUUGGAUGGAAUUAUUGCGCAUUAAUUUGCGCAAUCGUGAUUUUUUCUUUUUUUGCCGCAAAACCAAGUAUAAGGAGCCGAAUUGUGAAAACCCACUGUCACUUUACAUCGUCACUAUGUCUGAUGUCUUAAUUACUUUACACUGCUUCAUUAGAGGUUUUGUUGAAUGCUUUAUAAAUACGGUACCUUUGGUAAACUGGCUAACGGAGUAAUGUCUGCCCCUUUGGAAUGUGCUAUUUAUUGAAAAUUAUUAUUUCGACGGCCCUCAUCAUUUUACUUUUUACUAAUAAUGUGCAGCUGAUCACCAAAUGCAGUUUGUUUUUAAUUUUAAUGUAAUGUUUUGUAGGAGGUCAGGGGGGCCAGCCAGUGUUUACACUUAUUCUUUGGUAUGAAAGUCUAUGUAAAGACUUCACUGUGUUCAAACAAGCUAAUAAUUUAUUAUUAUUAUAAUAAUAAUUUUCUUUAAAGUAGUUUUUACUUAAAAGUUCUUAUGUUAACUUUUGUUUUUUAAUUCUAGUUCCUGUAUAUUCGCAUGACUUGUGCAAACUGUGUACUGUGGUGUAGUUUAAACUUUUUAAAAGAAAUGCCGACGGCCUCGUCGCCUCCUCCAUCUAAGAGCCGCAGAGAUCUGAUGUAAGAUGGAAAUCCAAAAAGUCGGACUGAUGAACAGAGGACACUGAGGUGGAAGGUUUUAGUCGGUGUUAAAGAAAGGAAUGUAUAAUGUUCGGAAAACAGUCUGCUGUCUUUACCUGCACCACACAACAACAAAAAAGAACACUUGUAGUUAUCAUUGAUGGUGGGAAACAUUGUACAAGUACUUCUAAAACAACUUUUGCUUUGACAAGGAUCAGAUUUGUGUUGAUUUUUAAUGCUCAUAGGCAGAAAUGUAUUUGUAUGUUCGUCCGAAAAUCUGACUUUAGGGGAUUGUAAUGAAAGUUUGUCAGCUGUUGGGGGGUUUGAAGGACUGACUGCAAACAGAGGUCAACUCUAAAUGAUAUUUUUAUGUAACUGGAGAGAGUCUUGGUUGCUCAAAUGGCUGUAAUCAAGGCUUUUCUUUGAAUGUGAGCGAAUAAUUAUCUUUAUUUCCUUUGUUUUAGUUUUGCAUUUGUACCUCAGCGAGACAUUCCAAGCACAGAGGAUCCCUUACAAAAAAACUGUAGUGAGUCGAUAGGUAAUAUUGAAAACAUACUUUACAGUGCAAAUAUUACUUAAAGACCCCGUUUCCUUCUGGUAUUAAUGUGAUCAGAAACAGGGUUUACAGAUAUUAGUGGUGUGCAGCUAAUUCACUAGUCUCUUAGCAUAUGAAUAUUAUGGAGUCGUUAAACAGUGAAGACAGACAAAUAAAAUAUGUAGAAAGUCACACGAUAGUGAAUCAAACAACAACCGUAACAGUAUGUCGACAGGACUUUACAUCCAAUGAAUGACAUAGUCUUUUCUGUGUUGUUCUCUUGUGUCUUUGUUCCCUUUGUAAUAUUCUGUAGGUCAAGUUAUGAUUUUUUGUGCUUUUUCAAAAUUUUCUUGCAAAUUGUCACAAACCUUUCACUGAAUUUUCUUAUUGACCGCAUUUCAAAUUCCUCUUCCGUCCCACCUCAGCACUCUCAAACUGUUUAACACUUUUUACAUUUCCGUAUAUGUUUUACAGCAAACUAAUUAUUGUACCGUCAAUCAAUCUCAAACUAAACCUUCUCCUAGCAGCGUCCAGUGAGGACGCCAGUGUGAUGACCUUCUGAGCCGGAGUCUGGACGUUGGGGAGAUUCAGCUCACCUAGUCUGGUGCAGUGAUGGCGUAUAAUUAGUGGGCAAAGGAGAGGCCUGCUCAGAGGGUCGUAAACUGUAAUCAUGAAAUUACUUAACUUCAUUUUUAUGUCAAUUAAUCUUUGCAUUCCAAUGAUAUAGCCAUUUGUUGAUGUUCAGUAUUCAGAAGGUUGGAGAAAUCCUUUCUUACUCUGCGGUGUUUGGUAUCUGGAUGCAGAAACUGACUUGUAGUAUAUAAUACAUCAAAUUGUACACAGUAUUUUCAAGCAGUAUUUAAACCUCAGUCUGAUUAAGCUGUUGUGAAAACCAGUUCAUGUCAAGGCGUUGCCAUAUAAUUUUUUACAGGCAUCAGAAUUGUCACAAACACGUCUAUUUGUGAAAAGGUCUGAAGGUCUGAUGUGAACACAGCUGGGGUAUUUUCUUAAUCAGGAACUUGUAGGGAAUUUAACUAUGCAUUAAGUCUACUGCCAUUUACUCCACUUUGUAACUAGUUAGGCUAUAGAAUAAUAACAGCUAAAACUGAGGCUAAGAAGAAGAGAAGAACUUAAAAAAAUGAAGAACUUCAUUUAAACUGAAGCUACAUGUGAUUAUUAAAUUAGUUGGGGAUAAUGAAUGGGUAAAGAUAGUUGCCCUAACGUCCUAACGUACCCGUUCACGCCAGCAUUAUAACACUGAAAGUUUGGACCAAAACCAAUUAAUUUAAAAGGUAUGGUCUGGAUAAGUGGAUUGGGUAGUGCAAUUAAACUAAAUCCACACUGACCUUUUGUAUGGAGUUCAGCUUGGGUGAGCUUCGACAUGAUGAAUCACAUUAUUAACCAAUAACAAACUAUGUUCAUAGAGCUGACCUUUAAGGUAACAGAGAACCCAAGAAUCCAAGGAAGAAGCUAUAACAUCAUCUGUGUAGCACCAUGUAGUUUUAUAUAACCCUGCUGUGCUGGAGUUUGGACUGCCUGGUAGUACAAAAAACUCUCCAAUUAUUGCGUAAACUUAUUGUUCGAUUUGUGACCAAGAAAGUUUGUUAACUUACUGCCUGCAGUGUUGGGAGUGACGCAGUAUAAAGUAACAGGUUACUGUAAUUCCUCUUCUUUUGGCUGUAACUAGUAAUGUAACUAAUUGUAGGCUUGUUUGGCUCACUGGAAAAGUGGACAACUGCAGAAGACAGCAAACAAAGGCAGCACAUCUGAGUGUAUCCACUUGAUUUUCCGGUUUAUCAUAAAACAUCAUCCGACCUUACAGUGUCCGAAGACAAUUCAAGCAAUGCAAGCUUGCUUUCAUUUCAUUUUCAAAUUUGGAAGUUCAGGUCUUUUUAAUACAUCCAUGUUGGAAAUUUUUUUUAUCAGAAUAAGAAUCAUUAAAAAAAACAAGCCCCAGAGGUCAAAAGAUUAAACUAAAUUUAAAUCCCCAGAAAAGAAGUAGCAUUCCCAGUGAUUCAGUAUUAACGCUGCUAUCAAUAAUAAUCUGUAUUUUCUUGUGCAUGGCUAGUAGAGACGUGUCACUGAGAUGUGUCAUUUACCUUACCUGGUUCAGUAGGGAGGGAUGGCCCAGUGGUGACACCAGAUUUCAGCUUUUUACUUGUGCGUCUUUCUCGUUGUGUAUCGGUGGACGAGGAACUGAAACUCUGAGGCUGUGCUGAGGUCCAAAAUGCGAGUUCUUCUCUGUAUGUUUAUAAUUCUUAUUUUCUGUCACAGGAGUUUGUCUGUAUCGUCUUCUACGUCUAGAAGUCGUAGUUCAGUCCCCCCCACCCCCACCCCUCCGCUGAGCAACGUGUUUAUACUUGUUGUCGACCAUCACAGUCGUGACUUCUCUAAAUGUGACUAGAAUGUGUUUGACAUGUUAAUAUUCUGCAUGUAGACUUUGAGAGGCUACUUUUGGUCUCUGACAAAAUAAAAAAGGAACUGUUUUUUUAAUGUA